AAUAGAAAUAAAAAAAAAUAAAAAAUCAUGUUUUUAACGUUUUAUUCUAAUUAAUUAAUGUCAUUAAACAGAAAAGCAGCAGAAUGUCUGUCUGUUAAAUCAACUCAGAUUAUUAGAUAUUGAAAAUAAUCAUUAACAGGAUCGAUCUGAUCAGUUUACAGGCGGAAUAAAGGACGAGAAAAUACAAAGAGGAGGGCACCACCUUCAUCAGUGUGUGUGUGUGUGUGUGUGUGUGUGUGUGUGUGUGUGUGGUGGCUCUCUGCUCUCUCACGCUCCUCUCUGUCGGACUGUUUUUCUCCGCGGACUCUCACUGAAGGUAAAAUCUCUUCUUUUCUCUCUUUCUCGGUUAAAUCUCUUUUUUGUUUCAGUCUGAACUUUUCUGUUCAGCUUCAGAGACUCUCGUGGACUUUAGUCCGGACGGAAUCACGACAGUUUGAGGAUUUUAGUUUUAGGAGGAUGAGGAGGAGGAAGACCGGGGUCAGUGUGGCGGAAUAAAACCCGAUUUAACCGGAGAAAACGGCGAAAAAGUCUCUGAGCUAAACUUUAAAAAACGGAGAAAACUGAGGAGGACGGAGGUAAGGUCACAGGGCGGCCGAUUUAACCGAUUAAAGAACAAACUCUCGAUUAAUUGACCUGAAAAAUCAGAGAUCGGCAUUUGAUUUUUAUUCUGUAAGAGUGAAAAUGUUGGUGAGAUGUUUCUGCUUUUAUUCAUGAGUUUAAGAUUUUUCUUAAUCCUUUUCUGUAUUUAACUCUCAUCUAAAGUCUCUGAAUCAGUCCACAUGAACGUGUUUCUUGAUCAGAUCGGAUUAACGAUCGGCUGAUAUUUUAAUGUUUCACUGUAAAAAAAAGCUUAAAUUAAGUUUCAUAUUUGCUGUUUUAGUCCUUAGAGUUCAUAGAGAGCGGGGUAAGAUGAUCCAUGUUUCAUAUUUGGGAUCUCUCCAUCAAGUCAGUCCUAGUUUUGUCUCUAACUCGUGUCUCUGCAGAUAUUUCAGGAUGUCGUUCAUCACAGAACUGUCAUCUUUAUAAUAUAGCAGGACAACAAAAAGGGUCUCCUAUGGUCAACUUACCCCGUGUAUGGGGUAAGUUGACCAUAGGAGCGGGGUAAGUUGAGCCGUAUCUCUACUACCCCCCCCAGCCCUCCCUCACCUUCUCUCUCCCUAAAUAACAGUCACUUCUUCACAUUCAUGUGUUUUUUUAUCUAUUUUACUCUAUUUAACUGGUGCAAUCUUUCUGUUUAUUGAAGCAUUUUAACACGAGACUAAACUCACUUUACAGAGAGAAGAAAAAUGUUGUUUUGUAAAUAAAUGUCUCACCUCUUCUUCACCCAUGAGCUUCAAACCUUCUCAGACUCCAUUUAUUGAUGAUCAUCUCCUAAAGAUUUGGUCUAACUUACUCUUUGGCUCAACUUACCCCACUCUCCCCUAAAAGUAAAACAUCUACAGAGUUUAAAGUUUCUCAGAGAUUAGAUUAAAACUAACGAGCUGAUCCUCACAUCUCUAAAAGUGAACUCCGUCUGGAUCUGAGUUUUCCGUUUCUAUCAGGUCCGUCUGAGGAAACUUCAGCAGGGAUUAUAACAGACCUGACGGAGUCCUGGUCCAGGACUCACUUAUUGGGGCUUUAAUGAUCCGUGUCUCAGCUGAUCCUCCUCCUUCUGUCUCUCAGUGAUAAAGCAGACUGGCUGAUAACUUUUAUUUGUAAUAAUAACUUUAUUUUUAUCACACAUUUAAAAACAGAAGUCUACAAAGUGCUUUGACAAACAGUCAUGAAGUACAUGGAAAUAAACAAAUGAAAAACAAAAGCUCAGUUCAAUUAAAGGACAGUUUUAUUUGUCAUAAGAAACCUAGACACAAAAAGAGGAGGGAACAGGACAGUAAAUAUAAAAAAGACGAUUAAUAAUGAUAAUAAAAUUAUAAAAUAAAUAUAUAUAUAAUAUAUAUAUAUAUAUAAUAAAUAAAAUAAUUAAAUAAUAAUGAUGUUUAUAGUAAAAAAUGGACAAAUGACUUUAGUUAUGAGGGUUUCAGUUUCAUGAUCUGAUCCCGGAUCAGUUUUUGUGUCUCUGACUGUCCUCCGUCUCUCUACAGGACCAUGUCCCUCCUCCUCCCGCCUCAGGACUCUCUCAGCUCCUCUUCACGUUCACGAACUGACAUGAGGGACUGAAGAGUGAGGACGCGGCGCCAUCUGCUGGACUCCUGCCGCAGCUGCAGCCAUGGCUGAGUCCAGCUACUCCGACCUGAUCGCCAAACACUACAACUACACCGGGAAGUUCCGCAAGACGCAGCAGGACUCGGGUCUGAAGGCGGACUCGGUGGUCUUCAUCAUCGUCUGCUGCUUCAUCAUCCUGGAGAACAUCCUGGUCCUGACCACCAUCUGGAGGACCAAGAAGUUCCACAAGCCCAUGUACUACUUCAUCGGGAACCUGGCGCUCUCGGACCUGCUGGCCGGCGUCGUCUACACCGCCAACAUCCUGCUGUCCGGCGCCAACACCUACAAGCUGACGCCCACCCAGUGGUUCUUCAGGGAGGGCAGCAUGUUCGUGGCGUUGGCGGCCUCCGUCUUCAGCCUCCUGGCCAUCGCCAUCGAGCGCCACCUGACCAUGCUGAAGAUGAAGCUGCACAACAACGGGAACACGUUCCGGGUCUUCCUGCUGAUCAGCACGGUGUGGAUGAUCGCGGCGGUGCUGGGCGGCCUCCCGGUGAUGGGCUGGAACUGCAUCGACAGCAUGACGCAGUGCUCCACCGUUCUGCCGCUCUACCACAAGACCUACAUCCUCUUCUGCACCACCGUCUUCAGCAUCAUCCUCAUGGCCAUCGUGGUUCUCUACGCCAGGAUCUACGCGCUGGUCCGUACGCGCAGCCGCAAGCUCGUCUUCCGCAAAGUCACUAACGGACGUGGAAACUCCGGCGCCAACAUCAAGAGCUCGGAGAAGUCCAUGGCGCUGCUGAAGACCGUCAUCAUCGUCCUGAGCUGCUUCAUCGCCUGCUGGGCGCCGCUCUUCGUCCUCCUACUGCUGGACGCCGCCUGCGAGACCCUCACCUGUCCGAUCCUCUACAAAGCCGAGUGGUUCCUGGCGCUCGCCGUCCUCAACUCGGCCAUGAACCCGCUCAUCUACACGCUGACCAGCAACGAGAUGCGCCGCGCCUUCAUCAAGACGCUGCUGUGCUGCACCGCCUGCCUGCGACCGCGCGUCAAGCUCAGCGGGCCCAUCAUGGGGGCGGAGUUUAGCCGCAGCAAGUCGGAUAACUCCUCCCACCCCAACAAGGAAGAGGCGGAGUAUUCUCAGAGGGAGACGACGGCGGCGUCCUCAGGGAACGUCACCUCUUCCUCCUAAAUACUCGGGCCUGAGUCGUAGAUGUAGUUUGUGUUUGGACAGGAAACAGGUGUGAGCGCCGCCCGGUGGCGCCAUCACGCCAAACUGAACUGGACCCUCGGCUGAUCCGGACUCACAGCACUUAUGAAGACUCUCAGACUGUUUGGGGGUCGGGGUGAAGCAGGUUAGAAGCGGCUGAGCGAGUCCUGGUCCAGGAUCAGCUUGUAGAAGAAGAGACGUUUACUGACCCCCUAAGAACCACUAGAUCCUUUAGCGCUUAAACACACCGCAGAGAAUAUUUAAAACCUCCUGAGACCCGGGCGGGAAAAAGUGUUUGGGUUUCAUUUUUUCAUGUAAAUCAAGAGUCGGGGUGGUAAAAAAAAAAAAUUAAACAUUUUGUUUUAAGCUAAAAUUAUUUAAAAUGUAAAACACUUCAGUACACGACAGGAUUUUAUCGAUCGAAUGUCGGACACUUUAACAAAAUUCAUAAACCUGUUCAAGUAUCUCUGGAUCUUGUUCACGAAUGAGGGUACGAUGGAGCGGGAGAUCGACAGGCGGAUCGGAGCGGCGUCAGCAGAGACUGAUCCGAUCAGUGGUGGUGAAGAAAGAGCUGAGCCGUACGGCGAGACUCUGGAUUUACCGGUCGAUCUACGUGCCGAUCCUCACCUAUGGUCAUGAACUUUGGGUAAUGACAGAAAGAACAAGAUCGCAGAUACAAGCGGCUGAAAUGGGUUUCCUCCUCAGGGUGUCCGGGCUCAGCCUUAGAGAUAGGGUAAGGAGCUCGGACACUCGGGAGGAGCUCAGAGGAGAACCGCUGCUCCUCCACGUCCAGAGGAGUCAGCUGAGGUGGCUCGGGCAUCUGGUUAGGACGCCUUCUGGACGCCUCCCGUUAGAGGUGUUCCAGACAUGUCCCACCAGGAGGAGACCUCGUGGCCGGCCCCCCAACAUUGACGUUGACAAGUACGUCCAGUUGUCCUUUUCAAAAGCGUGUUUUGACCUGUUUGUUUACCUUCGAUUGGCGGAUACGACCUUUUCAUAGACGUUCAGGAUGCGGUGGAAAUUGGGGGUGAACCUGAGUCAGUGAAGACCAUCAGAGUCCAGAUUUAUGGACUUCCCUGAAGCUGCUGCCCCUGCGACCCGGACCAAGAUGAAAUAAAAAACCCCAGAUCCCUACAUGUUGGUUUUGGCCCAGUUAGGACCACCGCUCCUUACAUCUGACCCUGUAUCUUGUCUUCCAUAAAAUGUGCCAUCUUGAAAAGUCAUGAAAAGAGUAGUUAACAAGGGGUCUCAGUCUGUGGGUCUCAGGAGGUUAAAGAGUUCAGAUUAAUUCAUGGAAACUUUUUCUUUUCCUCCACUUUCUUAAAAAAAAAACAAAAAAAACUUCACAUGUGAAAGUCCAACAGGAAGUCAGAGAUCAGCUGAUCCUCCCAAAACAAACCCAGAGUCCUGGAGUUUGACGGAGGAGCUGGACUCUGACUUUCUGAGACUCUGUGAGAUUUUGUAAAAAGUUUAACUGUUCCGGUUUUAGGAAAUGUUGUCAGAAUGUAUUUUCUACUUCAUGUCGAGUCUUUGUUCUGUAGCCACGUCAGUUUAGUCCGAUUAAUUUAUAUCUGUAACCACCAGGAUAAAAAAAAACAAAAUCAUUCGGUUUGUAAAAAGAAAAAAAAGUUUGUUUCCUUCAGUCACUUUUCAGAAGUACGGAAGCUCAUUACUGCCAAAAUUAAACCGAAUGAUUUAUGAUAAGACCAUGUCCUCAUAAUUAAUCAACGACAUUAAGAGUUCACUAAAGCGGGUCAAAAAGUGACAACAUCACCAACUCCUGCCACAUCAGUCUUUUUUACCUGACCUCAUUAAACUACGACGUUAGAGUUUUAGAUCCACACUGACAAAAAUAAGACUUUAAAAAUAGUAAAAAAAAGAUUAGGGUUGUCGUUAAAAUCAGUUAAGGUCAGAUUUGUUUUGUUGACUUAAUCUCAGAAUGACGAGUUCACGGUUCAAAUCCUGACUCAGUCUGCAGAACCAGAUCUUUUUCUAAGGGUUAUGUUUUUUUUUUCCUAAUUCAAGAAUUCUGAGAUUAAAGUGAAAAUUCAGAGAAAAAAAAAAACAGGAUUUUGGGGAUGACAGAGAGAUAUCCAAUUUUUUCUUUAUUUUGGUGGGAAUUUUGAUUUUUUUAUGAUUCCAGAAUUCCGACUUUAAUUUCAUAAUUCUGAGAUUUAAAUGCAGAAAUCUCAUAUUUCUGUCUGUUUUUAAUAAGUCAGAAUUUGACUUUUCUCAGAGUAUGAAGAAUCAAAAAUUCGUGACCCUGUCUUUUUCCUUUUUAUGGUUUAUUUCCUCUUCUGUAUUGAGGGAAUGAAGUCAUAAUAUUUAAGGAUUAUUGUAAGAAGAGUAAAGUUGUUGCUCAUAGUUCUGGCUCUCGGUCUGGACUAAAAUGAGGAUCAUGGAGCGCCUGUUUAAAGUGUCCCUAAUGUUUUGUCCCCUCAGCAGAAAGCUUUGACGUCUGAUAUCUCUCUUUAACUCCUCUGACUUUAAUCUCGUAGGAAAACGAUUUCACUUAGGUUUUAUUCUCCUACUGAACUGGUUUCACUUUGAUUUAAGUCUCCGUAGAAAAGGGCGGAAAGAAAACCUAAAAAACGUUGAAUUAUUCGUCUUUAACGCGGCCCUGAUACUCCGUCGUGUUUAACAGCAAAUGAAUCUUUAAAUCAGUGAACUCUGAUUCUCCACCAGAGGGCAGCAGCUCGUACUCAGUCUCCUCACACCUCAGUUAUUGUCUAUGUGAGUGCGUGUAAAACUCUCAGAGGAUUAAAAAAUCAACUUUGACUCUGUGGCAGGAAAAAUCAACAAAAACAAGAAUUUGCUCAGAUCUAUGAUCGGAUCUAUGUCUAGAUUUCAUCUCACUGUGAUUCUGUCAGAGUAUAGAGUUUGGAUGUUAGAUCUGAGCUGCUCCUUAGAGCUCAUUUUUCUGUCAUGGGACUGUAAUCAUUCUUGUAUUUUGUCAUGGAUGAGCUUCCGUACAGGUCAGACUCCGUUGCCAAGGCGACCAGGUGUAAACAGUCCAUCAGGAGCUGGUCUAUUAAUCCAUUAAUGUGGUUGUGUGUGUUUUUCUGUUCAGACUGAACCGUGUGUGUCUGUGUGCACUGUUUAACUCCUGAGUGUGAGUUUUUUUUAGCGCCUAAUAAAGACAGAACAACAAAAAACAAACAAAAA